GGAGCUGCGUCGAGUUAAGAAAUGGUCGGACCAGAGCACGGAAUCAGCUUCCGGCGAUCGUUCGAUUUGACAGUCGCGAGUGGAUGAAGAUUGGAGGGCAGCAGAGGCGUCCAGCGAGACUGUGAAUCUGCACUCUGGCUCUGAAGUGUUGGCAACUCCAGCUUGUGUCGCGGUUUUGUCAACCGGCGAUUUGGUUUUGCGCGAUAUUCUUGCAACGGAGGAAGGUCCUCUUUUCUGUUCCUCCCGAAGCUCGAGUGUUAUUCCAUCUCGUAGUCAAUUUAGCGUUUUUGUGGGGAAGAGGAUUUGUAGCGGCUUGGUGCUGGUUUUCGAACGCUGUUGUUUCAGGGUGGAGUAGUGCUCGUACUUUAGUUUCUCUGUUGGAAGACUCCGGUUCAUUGGAGGCUCAGUCAAAAUUGGAGGCUCAAGUUGUGUGGAUCUUGGGGUUGUCUCAGUUCAGGCUUCAGGCUUGAUUGAACUUCGCCGGUUUUGAAACUUCGAAGUAUGGUGAUGAUUAUUUUCUAGAGGAAAAUGGAAUGGUCUACAUCUUGGAGAUUCAGGUGAAGGUGGAAAAGCGGAAGUCGUAAUGUUAUAGUGUGUUGCAAUUCAUUUUGGUCAUUGGCAAAAUUCUGAUCGAUCAACGAUAGUUCGCUCAAUUGGAGUGUUCUAUUUUAUCAAUCGUUUCUGGUAGAAAUCUGGACAAUUCCUUCUGGUUCUGUUUAAACGAUGAUAUGAUCACUGGGGUCGAUCGUACUUGAAGCAAUAACAAGUGGACUUAUUCAUCACUCAGCAUCCGUGGUUCUGUCCAUUCGCUUCUUCACUAACCUAAACGGCUAUUCGGGAGCAAAGGCUUCUGGAGUCGGGAAAUGUCUAUGAGUAUGAAGUCAAGUCAGUUAGUACAUACAUAUCAGAUUAUUUCUACGCCUCAACGCCCCGAGUUGUCAGUUAAUGGAUCGAGAGGCAUUAGAGGAAUGUGCCCUCACAUACACCACCUGAGCAUAUCAGGAUGUAAGGCGACCAGAAACUUAAUUAAGCACUCGCUCUUAGAUUCUAGACAUGGAUGCAGUUUACAUGUUCCAAAGUUGCGUCCAAGGAGGUGUUCCGGCAUAACUUUCUCUGGGCGAAAAGACUCAGGGAAUAUCAGCAGCCUUGAGAGACUAGUAAAAUGGACGGCGAGGUCAGAGCUGGAGCAGAAGGAAGACUUGAAAGAGGAGCAGACGAAACCGACUAUAAUAAAAUCAGACGAUUCCAAAUUUGAGGGGCUUAUGAUCAGGGCGCAAAAUGUGCAGAUGACUGCUCGAAUAUUCACCUCCAUGAUGACCUGGGUUGUUCUAUUUUUCUUGUCCAGUGUCUUGGACGGAGAUUCUCAAAGGUCACAAGAUUUAGGGAAGAAGAAUGGAAAGCGUGGACCUCGCAGGUAGACGGCACAGAAUGCAAGCCUUUAACUGGCUUUAUACUGUACCAAACAUAUACCUUCUCCAUCUUAGCAUGGGAUGCGGUUCAUUUUACAAAUGGACUUUUCCCGGGGCUGCACGGCUCGUAGAGGCAGAGGCGAUUGUCUUCAGGGCUAUUGAUGUUCUUCAUAUAGAAACUUGCUUGACUAGGACGAGGUUGUGGGUUUCGUCGUCAAAGUCAGAGGCUGAUUUUGGUCGACCCACAACCUGCUAAUUAUUUGCCAAACAACUGUUGCUCCACAGUUUGGCCUUAACUCAGAAUUCUGUCAGUCCAACAGCGACCUGAUCCUCUACAUCAAGCCUUAGUUGUCAUGUACGAGGAAAAUAUCAUCAGGCUUGAAGAUUUGAGGCAUCCAUUCUCACAUUCGGAUGCACAAGCUGGUCAAUCACGAAACAGACCAAGGAUUACACGUCCUUCGGUAACAAAUUUAAGGGUGAGGUUGGUUGUCCGAGACGCUGCUCAUCUUUAGCUAAGAUCUUAGUUAAAGAUGAGCAGCGAUAUUUUCAAACAGUUGUCCACAGUAGCUAACAGAGCAGUCAUAAAACAUGGCUUCUUUCAUAGGUAAUCGCCCUGUAGCUCUCUUUGGGCAUUUCAUGUACAUAUCGUUUGUGAAUAUCUUGAUAGACGUGCUGAUGAAAAUCAUUACGAACAAUGUUUAUGGGAUCUCAAUAUUGCCUUGUAUCGAAUGCAAGGGGAUAUGAAUGUAAAUUUUGGCCUUUCAAGCAUGAAAAGAAAUGAGGAUUCGGUUGUG